CAAAAGUUCAGUGUUAGGUGCUGAUAUUGACUUUGGGGGAAUGUUCAGAUUCUAUACCUCCUUGCAGUGUGUUUCUGACAUAUUACAUUAUUCAAAGAGAAUAAUUUGUGAUGUAUCAGAAUUACUUGUUAUUAAUGUGAAAGGUGUGACUCUGGACUCAAAGUCAGUGAUCAAGUUUCAUUUUCCAAAUCCUUUAUCUGACUUUUUGCAGAGGGAAAAUGUUAUUAUGCCAAAAUCUAAGAAAGUGAAUUCAAAUCGGUUUAAGCCAUUCCAGAAAAUUAAUUCUAACAAAAAGAAGUCGGACCAUAACAAAAAGGUGUCAGUACCUAAGAAUUGUCCAAACCGAUUUGGACCGGAACACAAAAAAGAUCAAACGUCUUGUUCUCUACCACAAUCUGUUGAGUCCUCUUCAGAAAACACAGACUCUGAUGUGUUAAUUGUGUUUGACUCGAAAGAGCAGGGCUUGCGAGACGUACAGCAAGAAGUGAUACCUACUGACAUUGACAAGAUUGACGUCUCAGUAAUAACUAUGGGCAACUCUGAUAGUUUUGCAUGUGGCACUGGUCUGCAGCAAAAUCCAGGCGGUUGGUAUUGCAGUGCAACCACGUGGGCAUGUAGUAACGUCCAGAGUACCUGCUCUUCAGAACUUCCUGCUGUUGAGAACAUGGUUCUUAAAAGUGUGCAACCGCAUGAUGGAGCAUCAGAAACUGGAACAGCCUCCACAAAAGAUUGGUCAAAAAGGAAAACAAUGAAAGAAAAGAGACAGUGGCAGAACACAGGUUUUGGAUCUUAUUUUGCAUCGAGGCAGAUGAGGUCCACACCAUUCCAGUACAUCUUCACGAUUAUGUCAUACAACGUACUGUCGCAGGAUCUACUUCAGAGCCAUUGGCACCUGUACACUCAACACAAUCGCAGUGCCCUGGAGUGGGAGCAUCGUAGCCAGCUCUUACUCAGCGAGAUCAAAGAAGCCAAUGCUGAUAUUCUGUGCCUCCAAGAAGUGCAAGCGAACCAGUUAAACACAUUUUACAGUCAGCUUGAGGAUUUAGGCUAUAUGGGCAUUUACAAACAACGGACUGGAAACAAUGUCGACGGUGUUGCCAUUUACUAUAAGUCUGACAUGUUUCAUCUGUCAGAUCACACGUCUGUUGAAUACUACCAGCCUGACAUCAGCAUUCUUGACCGUCACAAUGUAGGUCUGAUUGCGAAGCUUGCCGUUAAAGCAAACCCUAGCAAACAUUUGGUGGUAGCUACAACUCACUUGUUAUUUAAUCAAAAUCGUCAUGACGUGAAGAUGGCGCAGACCCAGCUCCUGCUUGCAGAAGUGGAGAGGUUUGCAUAUGAAAGCAGGUUUGGGAAUUCCACAUACUGCCCUGUGAUAAUCACUGGUGACAUGAACUUUCAGCCCUACACGGGCGUAUAUAAACUGCUGACUCGAGGGAGAUUUCAGUAUGAAGGACUUUCCAGUAAGACCCUCACCGAGAGUCUCCAUGGACAAAUUCUGAAAAAAGAACUUAUUCCCAAGAGCCUGAAUAUAUUGAACUCUUGCCAGCACUGGGGGAUUCUGAGCAGUCGUGAGACAGGAAACCUAAGUCACACAGAAGAGCUCAAGUUCUUGAAGACUUAUAAUACGGAUCACCAGAGGAUCAUGAAGGAGCUAAAUAUGAUCAGCAAAACACCGAAGUCAUUUGAGGAUUUUGUGAAGAAUGCCAAGUUGGAGGGACUUGAGGAAAACUUUAAAUCAUGCAUCGGGCCCAGCACAAUUCCUCCAAUGCCAAAAGAAAGGUUUGCAACUGGUCAGCUGACCCAUAAUCUGAAUCUCCGCUCAGUGUAUAAACACAGGAAGAAGUGUCGUGACCCUGCGGUCACUACAAACCAUGGAACAUGGAUAACUGUAGACUACAUAUUCUACAGCUGCCUUAAGAGUGAGAAAUACAAGAAGCUCGUCGAAGGCAGUCUGAAGCUCGUGAAGAAGUAUAGGCUGCUUACUGCAUCUGAAGCUGAGUCGCUUGGCCCCAUCCCAAAUUUUGCUUCACCAUCUGAUCACUAUCCCUUGCUUGCCACAUUCCACUACUCAUUUUGAAUAUCAGUGCUUUGACAUGCAUAAAUGAUGUGGUGGGUUAUGAAUUAGUUGCCAGAAUUUGGUAUAAAAGAGUGACAUUGUGUUCUAGAAACAGCUGCCCUAGAGGGUAGUUUUACAAAUAUUAGCAUUGUUUGGUUUAUAGAUUUGAGUAUUUGAUAGGAAUCUUAAAUCUAUUUAUAAAAAUAAAUGUUUUAUGUGUUCAAUUUAACUUGAGACCAUUUUCUUGUUAUGUCAUUACUGAAACUGGAUCAUAAAAUCGGUACGUCAGACAUCUGUGCCGGGAGUGAGCACAUGCAAUGGUACUUGUUGACACAGGUGGUCCUUGUUUCUAUGCUGGUAACCCUGUCGUAAUCAGGCCCUACAUUUACAAAGACACUGUUACACAUAAAGGAAUACUAUUUUUUGUUUCCUAGUAUAAAAAUCACUUGAUCAUAUGUGCCCUUAUGGGAGCCAUAUUUAACCAGGGUUUAACAGGUACAAACUUCUCAGAAAUUCUUGAGAUAACAGAAGUUCCACAUCCACGGUCCUACCGGAAAAUAGACUGACUUACUGUCGGAAUGUUGUUUAACUUUGUUCGAUUGCAUUGGUCUUGUUGAAAACUGCGCUGUUAUCAGUUCACUGUUGCCAUUAUACAGUUGUCAUAAAUGUUAGAUGUUCUAAAUUAGAGACUGCCUGUAUUUUAAUUUAGACUUACUUUUGUCAUUCAUGUGCACCGUUAAAUGAGUAGUCCUUACACCUGGAUUGUAAGCAUAAAAAUCUGAACCCUUAGAAAGCAAAUACUGUCAUAGAAUGAUAUACUUUGAAGUGAAUGGCCUCUUUAAUUUGUAAGUCCACGUCUAUUUUGAUGGUCACAGUUUCAUGCAUUAACAAACACCUAUUUUCGGGAGUUGAUUAGUACAUUGAGUUCCGAGAUCAUACCCAGAUAAUUGCCAUGUCUGGCAUUGUACAUUAGGCUGAAGGUCACACUAUGAUGGUAUUGUUUUAGUUUCCUUGGCAACAUUCACCACAGUUUGUCAAAAGUAACUUCAUUCUGUUAGAGCUAUAAUGUUUUGGGUUGUCAGUUCAAAUGUUUUUGUCCAAAAUUCAGUUUUGUUAGUUUUUAGAUGAAUGUCCAGCUUUUAGAAAUUGCAAUACAGAUUGAGGUUGCGUUUUUCGGUUAAAAUGUUGUCUAUAAUUUGAUUGUCAGUUAUUAAUUGAAUGUUCUUUGUGUUUGUUCAUAAUUUACAGCAGAUUAAGACAGUUCUUGAAUUUAGUCCAAAUGGAAAUUUGUAAUGUAGGUGGCACAAUUCCACCAGAGCAAAGAAAAUUUAUAUAUAUCUGUUAUUGUCUGACAUACAUUGGAUUACAUACAUUUAAUCACUGCCCUUAAAAUAAACAGCUGCCUUUCUCUACAGCUAUAAUUUAUUUUCCAUAAAAGUAUAAGACGUUCUUAAACAAGGAAAGAAUAUGAAGUUUCAGGAAUUAAAAUGAGAAGCUGAGAAUAGGGAAAACUGGCGAACUCUUUUUGGGCAGAAGAAUGGACCUGUCGUCAGACAGAACACUAAAAAAAAGUAUAAACAGCUUUGUUUUGUUCUCAGCCACAUAAACAGUGAAUAAAUUAAGUCUUGCGUACUGCUAUUA